UGCACGCUGUUCAAGUGCUGAGACAACGGAACUAUAGGUGAAUAUGGGGGUGCUUUCAGCCCUUACGAGAGGGCUGGUGAGAGGAGCUGACCGUAUGGCGGAGUUCACUAGUAAGAGAGGUCCACGGACUUUUUACAAACCAAGAGGGGCACGAUCAACAGGAAUUAUUACGUCCAGCAGAAAGUUUGUCCCUGUGAAGGAGAUGAUACCCGAAUUCGUGGUGCCGUCUUUAGAGGGGUUCAAACUGAAACCCUAUGUGUCCUACCGUUGUCCCGAUGCAGCAGAACCGCCUCUUACCGCCGAAUCCCUCUUCUCACAAGUGGUGGCUCCACAGAUUGAGAAGGACAUUGAAGAAGGCACUUUCAAUAAGGAGGACCUCGAGAAAUAUGGAUUCGAAAAAACACAAGAAGGAAAACUGUUUAAGCUGUAUCCCAAGAAUUUUGCUCGUUGAGUGCGUCCUCAAAGGAAGUCUUCAGAAGAGGGACUAAAGGUCUGAGAACUGAAAAAUGAACGUGCAGUGAUCAAAAUUCGGUACAUUAACACAACACAGCAUUUGUCUGCAUUCCAGUUCUUUUUCUGAAAAACACAGCAUCAAAUGGAAGUAUAUAAAUAAUGUACAGCCAUCUGUAAUACCAAGGAACCAUUAAUCGUUCUUGUAUUUAGAUUCAUGCAUGUCUAAGCUCAUGAAUUCAUGUAACAAUGAGGUAAACUGAAACAUCUGUGACAGUAAACUGCAUAUGACAUUUUUUGCUCAAAAAUAGCCCAGUGAUGCAAUGUUCAUUUAGAUGCACUGUUAAAUACACAAAUUGGAAACAAUGUU